AUGCUUGCGCCUCUCUGGCUUGUGCCUAAUCCCUGCCCUCUUCUCUUCCCCUUCCACAGGCAUCUUCCUCUCCACAGCUCCACCUUCUCCUGGAGAAAUGUUGCCCUCCUGCUGCUUCUCUCCCUCUCUUUGGAGCAGACAUCUGCCUCGCCAAGCUACAGAGUCAAAAUGAAGCCAGGAAAGUGCCCCCAGGAAAGGAUCACCUGUAGUUCUAAAGCCCCAGACUUAUGCAAAACAGAUUUCAAUUGCGAUGAAUACCUCAAGUGCUGCUCUUUCGCCUGUGGGAAGAAGUGCAUGGAUCCGUAUGAAGAACCCUGCUUGUUACCCUUAGACCAAGGACACUGCAAGAAUACAGUCAUGCAGUGGUAUUUUAACACCAAAGAACGUGUAUGCAAACCCUUUUUAUAUGGAGGCUGCCUUGGGAAUGCCAACAACUUCUCCAAGAAGGAAGACUGCAUGAGGGCUUGCUCAUCAGCUGUCAAGGAUGGACAGUGCCCACUCUUCCCUUUUAAGAACCGUAUGGAGUGUUCAGCUUCGUGUAAGAGUGACUACGAUUGCCCCUUAAAUGAAAAAUGUUGCGAAUCCAUGUGUGGCUUUGACUGUGCCAUGGCCUGGACAGUCAAAGCAGGUUUUUGCCCAAACAAGCCGCCAAUAUGUUCCACGAUUGAUAGACCCAGGUGCCUGCAGGAUAAUGAUUGCCCAUUGACAACGAAAUGCUGUUCACGCUGUGGACUAAAGUGCCUGGAAUCCCUGAAAUGA